AUGUCUUCCCCUUCUGCUCCGGAUGCUGCCCCCGCUGUUCAGCCUGAGGCUGCCUCUGUUCCUUCUUCUGCCCCCGCCCCCACUCCCUCCUACAACCUUCCUCCGCAGACUUCAAUCUCCUCUGCCCCUUCAGCUUCCCUUUAUGUUGGUGAACUCGAUCCCACCGUAACCGAGGCCAUGAUCUUCGAGAUCUUCAAUAUGAUUGGUCCGGUUGCGAGCAUCCGUGUCUGCCGCGAUGCGGUUACUCGUCGCUCCCUGGGUUAUGCCUACGUAAACUACCUCAACACGGCCGAUGGUGAACGUGCUCUCGAGCAACUGAACUAUUCGCUCAUCAAGGGUCGCCCUUGCCGCAUUAUGUGGUCCCAACGUGACCCUGCCUUGCGUAAAACUGGCCAGGGAAACAUCUUUAUCAAGAACCUUGAUGAGCAAAUCGACAACAAGGCCCUCCAUGACACCUUUGUCGCGUUCGGUAACGUCUUAUCGUGUAAGGUUGCCACGGACGAGCAAGGUCGAUCCAAAGGCUAUGGUUUCGUGCAUUAUGAGACUGCUGAAGCUGCUGAGACUGCCAUCAAGGCGGUCAAUGGUAUGCUCCUGAACGACAAAAAGGUUUACGUAGGACCCCACAUUCCUCGCAAGGAACGUCAAUCUAAGCUUGACGAGAUGAAGGCGCAGUUCACGAAUCUGUACAUCAAGAACCUGGACACAGAGGUAACCCAGGAGGAGUUUGAAGAGCUCUUCAACAGAUACGGAAGUGUCACUUCUGCCAUUGUUCAAGUUGAUGAUGAGGGCAGGAGUAAAGGUUUUGGCUUUGUCAACUAUGAGUCCCACGAGGAGGCUCAAGCUGCUGUUGACAACCUUCAUGACACUGACCUCAAGGGCAAGAAGUUGUACGUCACUCGUGCACAGAAGAAAGCUGAGCGCGAGGAGGAGCUGCGUCGUUCGUACGAGCAGGCCAAGAUGGAGAAGCUUAGCAAAUAUCAAGGAGUCAACCUGUAUGUCAAAAACCUCGAGGAUGAUGUAGACGACGACAAAUUGCGCGCCGAGUUUGAGCCUUUUGGAACCAUCACAAGCUGCAAGGUUAUGAGCGACGAGAAGGGGUCUUCGAAAGGAUUCGGUUUUGUCUGCUUCUCCUCUCCUGAUGAGGCUACCAAGGCCAUAGCGGAGAUGAACAACAAGAUGAUCGGUUCAAAGCCCCUUUACGUCUCUCUGGCUCAGCGUCGUGAAGUUCGCAGGCAGCAGCUGGAGAGCCAGAUUGCCCAGCGUAACCAGAUUCGUAUGCAGCAAGCCGCUGCUGCUGGAAUCCCUGGUGCAUACCUCAAUGGCGCCCUCUACUAUCCUCCUGGGCCUGGCGGUUUCCCCCCUCAAGGACGCAACAUGAUGGGUUAUGGACAACCCGGAAUGCUCCCGCCUCGUCCCCGCUAUCCUCCAGGCGGGCAGGUGCCGGGUAUGCCUAUGCCACCCUAUGGCGGGCCUCAUCCCCAAUAUGGCGGAGGCAUGCCCAAUUACCCUCGCGGUGGUCCCAGGCCCCCUGGGGGCCGUGGAGGUCCUGGCUCUUCACCUACUAACUCCAACACGCCCAUGCCCCGCGCGAAUGGCACAUCUCCGGCCAACGGUCCUGCUCCUCGCCCUGGUCCUCAGCAGGGUUCGCCUGCUAGGGCUCCUGCCGUUGGUGCCACCUCUGGCAGUCGUCCUCCGCAGACUUACAAGCUCAAUCCUCAGACUCGUAACGCCGGUGGUGCCGCUUCCGCCGGACAAGCAGCUCCUACUUCGGCCGCUGCUCAGUCUGAGGUUCCUGUUAUCAGUGCAACUGCACUUGCUGGUUUGCCCCCCAUGGAGCAGAAACAGAUGUUGGGUGAAGUCAUUUACAUGAACAUCGUUGCUACGCAACCGGAACUCGCGGGUAAAAUUACUGGUAUGCUUCUUGAGAUGGAGAACCCAGAACUACUCCAUCUCUUGGAAACACCCGACGCUAUGGCAGCGAAGGUCAACGAGGCACUUGCCGUUCUGCAUGAUUUCUCGAAGGACGAAGUUGCUGGCGCCCCUGUAGCCUAA